AUGGUAUAUGCAAGUGAUGUUGCGAGUGUAGUCACUACAAGAAUGGAUAUAUGCACUUUUACAAAACUUUGUAAAAUUCUUGAAAAUAGAGGGGGGUUAAGUAAUAGCAAAAAUAUGUUAGUCGAUGAACAAGUAGCUAUGUUUUUACACACACUUGCACACAAUGAAAAAAAUCGGAACAUAGGUAUCAUGUUCAAAAGGUCUGGUGAAACUAUAUGUCGGUAUUUCAAGUUAGUGCUAAAAGCGGUAUGUCGAGUACACAAAGAGUUUUAUAAAGAACCGGUACCAAUUCCAGACAAUGAAAUAGACGAGAGGUGGAAAUGGUUUAAGGGUUGUCUAGGAGCAUUAGACGGAACAUAUGUUAAAGUUAGGAUCCCGGCUAGUGAUCGAAAACCUUAUCGGUCCCAAAAGGGUGAGAUCUGUACAAAUGUCCUUGGUGUUUGUACAAGAGACCUUCAAUUCACAUAUGUGUUGGCGGGAUGGGAGGGUUCUGCAACUGAUAGUCGGGUACUUCGAGAUGCUAUUACUAGGCCAAACGGUCUUAAAGUACCUCAUGGAAAUUACUACCUUUGUGAUGCCGGUUAUAUGAACUGUGAAGGUUUUUUAAGUCCUUAUCGAGGUCAACGGUACCAUCUUAAUGAUUGGAAUCAUCCGCCUACAACAGCAAAAGAAUUGUAUAACAUGAGACACGCACAAGCAAGGAAUGUAAUCGAGAGAUGUUUCGGGUUGAUUAAGAAUAGAUGGGCAAUUUUGCGUGAUGUUUCAUUCCAUCCACAUGAUUCCAUGUCACGAAUAAUAAUUGCUUGUUGUUUGAUAAAUAAUUUCAUCCGUGCAACAAUGGCAGAAGACCCUAUAGAGCACGAAGUGCCAAUUAAUCAUACACAACCUAUAAAUGAUCACAAUAAUGUUAUUACAACCGUGGAGACUUCACAAGUAUGGAGUGAUUAUAGGGAUAAUCUUGCAAACGCAAUGUUUACUGAAUGGAAUGCAAGGCGCGCUCAUUAG